GCGGUUGAGCUGUUGUGUGUUUGCGUCUCUGUAUUCAUGCAGUAAAAUGGCAGAAGCCAGAAUUUCUCAGGCUGAGUUCUUGUGUCCACUGUGUCAGGAUCUCCUGAAGGAUCCAGUGGCCAUUCCCUGUGGACACAGUUACUGUCAGAGCUGUAUUUCAGGCUUCUGGGAUCAGGAGGAUCAGACGAGAGUCUACAGCUGCCCUCAGUGCACACAGACCUUCAGUCCAAGACCUGCUUUAGCUAGAAUCACCGUGCUGGCUGAAAUGGUGGAGAAACUGAAGAAGACCAGACUUACUGCUGACUGUUACGCUGGAGCUGGAGAUGUGCAGUGUGACGUCUGUACUGGAAGAAAAUACAAAGCCAUCAAGUCCUGUCUGGUGUGUCUGAACUCUUACUGUCAGAAUCACCUCGAACAACAUGAGAGUUUCUUUAAAGGAAAGAGACACAAAGUGACUGAUGCCACUGGACGACUGCAGGAGAUGAUCUGCCAGAAACAUGAGAAGCUCCUUGAGGUUUUCUGUCACACUGACCAGAAAUGUAUAUGUGUGCUGUGUGCGAUGGAUGAACAUAAAAACCAUGACACUGUAUCAGCUGCGGCACAGAUGACAGAGACACAGCACCAGCUGAAGGAGACGCAGAAGACGCUCCAGCAGAGAAUCCAGCAGAGAGAGAAAGAUCUCCAGCAGCUGAGAGAGGCUGUGGAGUCUCAUAAGCGCUCUGCACAGACAGCAGUGGAGGACAGUGAGAGGAUCUUUACUGAGCUCAUCCGCUCCAUUGAGAGACGCCGCUCUGAGCUGAUACGGCUGAUCAGAGAUCAGGAAAAGCAAGCAGUGAGUCGAGCUGAAGGACGACUGGAGCGACUGGAGCAGGAGAUCAAUGAUCUGAGGAGGAGAGACGCUGAGCUGGAGCAGCUUUCACACACACAGGAUCACAUCCGGUUCCUGCAGAGUUUCCAGUCUCUCUCAGCUCCUCCUGAAUCUACAGACGUAAAUGAUGAUCUCUUCAGUUCUCUCGUCUCUUCUGAUGAUCUGAGAGAAUCUGUUCAUCAGCUGAGAGACAAACUGGAGGAUUUCUGCAAAGUGGAGCUCAAGAAGAUCUCAGACAGAGUUGCUACUACUACAGGUCCCUCUGUGUGCUACAAUCAGUCUCCAGCAUAUCCUCAGAUUUCAUCCAAAAAAACUGAUCUCGUAACUCCUUCUACACCAAAGGUGAAACCUGAAGAGGAUCUCAAAGGCUCUGCCCCAGUGGCUCCUCCGGCCAAAUUGUUUUCUUUAGGACUGUCUGGAGAUUCUGCUAAGAACACCGCCAGCACUGAUGUCAGUUUGAAGGGCAUCUUAUUUGGAUCUCAAAAACCAGUUUCAUUUGGGUUUGGAUUAAAGGAUGCUGUGGUGACAUCUGCUGGCUCUGGAGCUCAGGCUAAGAAGAAAACAAUCAAGGCAGAUGCACUACAACAUAAGAAAAUGUCAGCAGCUCCAGCGGUCCCAUGUGACACUGCCCCCUGCAGCACUGAAAAAAGUAAUGCAACACCACAAGGAGGGUUGGCUAAAAGAGAUGGACCGUGGGAUUGUGACACUUUCCUGGGUGGAAAUAAGGCCACAUCUAGCCACAUCAUUUUGUGUGAGACAGCAAAACCAAAUAUGAAAAACAAGACCUCUGCUGCUCCGUCAGUUUCCUCUUUUGUUGUCUGCCAACCUGCUGCGACAGCAUUUACAGCCAAUGCAGGCAAUGCUUUUCAGUUCGGUACAAGAACUGAUAAAGCAUCCUUAGAAGGCUUCAAGAUUGAGUCCUCUACAACAGAGGCUGAAAAGUCAUCAAGCAGUUCAAAUGUUUCAUUUUCCGUGCCAGUGCCCAUUGAUGUAUUUAAGUCUGGUAUUGCAAAAUCUGAGGCAGAAACAUCAGACAAACAGUCACAAAAUGGAUCUACAUCAGACCUCCUCAAAAAUGUUGCUGAAGUUCACAAAGAGGAAGAAAAAGAGGCAGCCCCAAGUUCCUCAGAUCAGUCUGUAGAUGCUUCCGGUCGUGAUAAUAGUCCCCUCAAUACUGAAGGAGAUUCUGAAAGCGCAGUGAGGGAUCUGAAGGGAAAGCCGUAUGUGGCUGGAGCUGAUGGAGCAUCUGAUCAUACAGGUCUUUCUUUAGGAUUUGCAUCUGCAGGUUUGUUUUCAUUUACAGACCUGACAAAGAGUACAGAGGAAUUUGCAUUUGUCAAAAAAGAUCCUAAUUUUACAUGGUCAGAUGCCGGAGCCAAAGUUUUUGGAUGUGCAGCUACAAAAAAUGAAGAAAAAGAGGAGGGCGGUGAUGAUGAUAAUGACGAGAUCCACUUCGAGCCGAUCGUGUCUCUGCCUGAGGUGGAGGUGAGGUCCGGUGAGGAGGACGAAGAGAUCCUGUACAAAGAAAGAGCCAAACUGUACCGUUGGGAUCGUGAGCUCAAUCAGUGGAAGGAGCGUGGCGUGGGAGACAUCAAGAUCCUCUACCACCCCGUGAAAAAGCGCUACCGUGUGGUGAUGAGACGCGAGCAGGUGCUAAAAGUCUGCACCAACCACACCAUCAACCAGAGCAUCGAGCUCAAGCCCAUGAACACCUCAGCUAACGCGCUGGUGUGGACCGCCACUGACCACUCCGAGGGUGAUGGGAAAGUCGAGCAGCUGGCGGCCAGGUUCAAGACUCCAGAGCUGGCCGAGUCCUUCAGACGAGUGUUCACCGACUGCCAGAGCCGCAUGACGCAGACUGACGCUGCUCAGACGUCCGCCGCUGAGGCGCUUUCACGAGAGUCCAACCCUGUGGUGUUCUUCAACAUCGCCAUAGAUGGUGAGGAUGCUGGGAGAAUCAUCAUGGAGCUCUUCGCUCACAUUGUCCCCAAAACAGCGGAGAACUUCCGGGCUCUGUGUACGACAGAGAAGGGCUUCGGUUACCAUCAGUCUGUCUUCCACAGGAUCGUCCCGGGCUUCAUGUGUCAGGGUGGUGAUAUCACCAGUCAGGAUGGGACGGGAGGAAAAUCCAUCUACGGAAAGAUGUUUGAAGACGAGAGCUUUGAGGUGAGGCAUACAGGGCCGGGGCUGCUGUCCAUGGCCAACCGUGGCAGAGAUACCAACAACUCACAGUUCUUCAUCACCCUCAAGAAAGCAGAGAACUUGGACUUCAAGCACGUGGCCUUUGGCUUCAUCAGAGAGGGCAUAGAUGUGGUGAGGAGAAUCGGAGAGCUGGGCACUAAAGAUGGGAAACCCACGAAAACGAUCACGAUCUCAGACUGUGGACAGAUUAAGUGAACUUUUCUAUGCAAACAACUCUUCAUCAUCAUGUUUGAGAUUGUGUUUCCUGAACUCUUGUGUAAAUCAGGACUUGCAUAUGCAGUGGUUUUAUAUUUGUCCUGUUGGUGUGUUAUAAAGUGCACAGCACUAGUUGACAAUGAAGCUUAUGCUUUGCAAAAAAGAAGAAAAAAACGGUAACGCUUUAGAUUACAGCCCACAAUUUACAGUGCAAGUAAACACAAUUUACAGCGUAACUUUUGUUUGUAAUUAUAGUGUACCUAUAGAGUACCGUUGUGUUUGGGGCAAGGUUAAUAUCGUUUUCAAAUUUGCUAUAAAAUUCAGUUUAGUUUUUAUUAGUUUCAUGAAUAUUUUUGUUAGUUUUAGUUUAGUUUUUAUUUCGUGAAUACAUUUUUAUUUAGUUUUUAUAUAGUUUAGUUUCAGUUUUAAUUAAAGUUUAGCAGAAUUAACAGAUCACUUCCAGAGCGCAGGUCAAAGAAAGACGUAGUCUAGCGACACAAAAUUAAUGCAUGCUGAGAUUGAUUAGAUGGUAAAAGUAUACAAAUAUACACCAAAGGAAGCAGUCAAGCCUUUUUAAUCUACACAAGUUGUGCUUAAUGUCAUAUCUAAUGAUGUGUGUUGAGAUAUUUAAUAUGAAUGUAUUUUUUUCUCAUUUAACCAUAAUUAUGAUAUUGUACUGUAUACUGUCGUGUCUUGUUCACUUUUCUGUGAACAGCCGUGCAUUAAUUCAUAACUGGGACUGAUGAAAUUCAAUAAUGACGGCAAUCGCAUUUAACAGUAAAGGCUCAUAUUUGAAUAUGUUUUAAUUUGUGAAGAAUUAAAAUAAAAUACUUAAUACUUUCUGGCAACAGUAAUUAGUUACACUACUAGUUACAUUACUUUUUCUUCAUGUCCCACAGAAGUUGUAACUGUGUGUCAUAAAAUUCUUCUAGAAUGUUACUAACAACAUAUUUCUGCCUCAUCAUUUGACCAAAAUCCACAUUGGAUCACAGUCAGAAGUUAUUACAAACACUCGAUAGUGAUUGAUUGUGACAUUCAAGUAGAAGUGUGGGUAACACUUUAGAAUAGGCAACACUUAUUCACCAUUAACUACGACUUUUCCCUCAAUAAACUCCUAAUUUGCUGCUUAUUAAUAGUUAGUUGUUAAGUUUAGGUAUUGGGUAGGAUUAGGCAUGUAGAAUAAAAUAAAGUGUUACCAUGUGGUAUAUCUCAUUAAUUGUCAUGUGUAGCUUGAAUUGGAAUUUCUCCGUUACCCAUAUAUUAUUAUAUUUCAUUAUGUAUUUUAUCAAAUCACAUAAGUUUGUAAGAAACUGUUUAAUUUUCCCUAAAGAUUUGUAAUUAUAGUAAUAUAAUGUGCCACAUGCUGAUCAGAGGGAUGUGGGUGGGAUGUAAUGCCAGAGUAAAGUAAAGUCGCAACUUACACAGUGUUCAGAUCAUCUUUUUUCCUGACAAAAUCAAUAUAAUGCAAUAUUUCUAUCUGCUGAAUGUAAGCUUUUCCAUAUUCCAAGCUUGCCUGCUGCACCGGGGACAUCACAUGCAUGCGCAGUCAUGAAAAUUAUGAAAAUAAAUC